GCCAUGGAUUUUUACACAGACGACAGCAUGGUGAGAAACGACGCUGAGUUUUGGGCUUUGUUGAAUGUUGUUCCCGGCGGUGGAGAAGGUGGAUACGCCGCCGGAGCUGGAGAAACUGACGGACAGACGGCCGAAGGUGGAGAAGGUGAUGACAUGACUUCCGGGGGCGGAGAAGGCUCUGGACAGAAGGCCGGAGGUGGAGAAGGUGAUGGACACAAUGGCGGACGUGGAGAAGGUGACGCUGAGACGGACCUUGCCGGAGAGGAUGAAGGACUGACGUCGCCGGCGGCCAUGGACGUCGUUUCUGACCUCGAUGGAGAAGGGUUGGCAAAGGAGAGUGAACUUGGUAAAGAUCCGGAAGUUGGUAUGGAGUUUGAAAGUAGAGAAGCGGUCUAUGAUUUUUACAAAGCAUAUGGGAAGCGUUUGGGAUUUCCUAUAAGAACUAGGAGCACAACGAAAGACAAAAGAGGAAGACAGAUUGUGUCAAUUGUACUGGAGUGUUCGCGGGCUGGUCAUAGAGCUAGUCAGUCAAAAAAUCAAUUGAAGCCCCAACCUUCAAUGCAAAUAGGGUGUGGAGCUAGACUACGUGCACACGUAAUUUAUUCGGGACUUUGGCAAAUUUCAAAAGUGUUUCUACAACAUUCACACCCUAUGAGUCCAACAAAGGCCAGACUAUUCCGGUGCAAUAGGAGGUUGACUCAUGGAAUGGCGAGGAAACUUGCAAUAAAUGAAGUUGCGGGAAUACGACUUAAUAAAAGCUUCACCGCGGCCGUUGU